AUGGCUGUCCAUGUGUGGGGACUCGUCGCCAUAAUUAUGUUCUACUUGCUAAUUUUCAUCCUUGGUAUCUGGGCGGCGAGGAAAAAUAAAAAGAAGGGGAAAGAGGCGACGAGUGAGGAUAUUUUGCUAGCAGGGAGAAAUAUUGGGGUAUAUCUCGGUAUAUUUACUAUGACAGCCACGUGGGUAGAUGGCGCUCUGAUCAGCGGGGUUGCAGAGGGUAUCUACACUUCCGGUUUGUCCUCGCUCAGUAUGCCGCUAGGGUACUGUAUGUCUACUAUUUUAGCUGCAUUCUUUGUCAAAAAGAUGCGCAAAGGCAAUCAUGUCACUAUGCUGGAUCCCUUCAACCGGAGGUUUGGUAAAAUCAUGACGGGGUUUUUGUUCUUGCCAGCUUUUACAGGGGACAUAUUUUGGUGUGCUGCAACUUUAUCUUCAUUAGGUACAACUCUGACCGUGGUUGUCGGGUUCGACCACUGGAUCGCCAUCACGCUGUCGACAGCAGUGGUCCUGAUAUACACGUUGUUUGGAGGACUCUACUCGGUCUCCUACACUGACGUCAUGCAGAUGUUGUUCAUCUUUGUAGGCCUGUGGCUAGCCAUUCCGUUUGCAAUGUCCAACCCCCUGAUGACGCCACUAUCAGAGACUACAGAGAAGUGGGUAAGGACAUUCCCUAACCACGAUAUCAGCACUUACAUAGACAUACUGCUACAAAUCAUGAUGGGAGGAAUACCUUGGCAGGUCAUGUGGCAGCGAGUCUUGGGGAUGAAGACAACGAGGUUGGCGGAAGUGAUGGUGUACGCAGGCGCAGCAGGAUUUGCAGUGUGCACAAUACCGCCUCUACUCAUAGGGAUGGUGGCAGUGUCUGUUGGUACAACUCUGACCGUGGUUGUCGGGUUCGACCACUGGAUCGCCAUCACGCUGUCGACAGCAGUGGUCCUGAUAUACACGUUGUUUGGGGGACUCUACUCGGUCUCCUACACUGACGUCAUGCAGAUUUUGUUCCUCUUUGUAGGUUUGUGGCUGGCCAUUCCGUUUGCAAUGUCCAACCCCCUGAUGACGUCACUAUCAGAGACAACAGAGAAGUGGUUGCUCUGA